GGCGAGGAGCUCCCCAGCGUGGUACAGGUCGUUGCGCGUCACCCGACUGAAGCGGAAGGAGUUGAGGUUGCAGAAGGUGACUGAGGGGAACACCAUCAUCGGAGCAGCCACCUCGUCCAGCUUGGUGACAUGUGGCUCCCUCCAUGCUGAUUGGCUUCCACUUUGGCCAAGGCUACAUGCUAUGCCAACCAUCUCAGUGGGGGUUGGCAGGGAAUAUGAAUACACUCCGGGGUCCCAUUGACAAGUCCCUUUACUUAUCACUGGCACAAGCGGGACACAGAAAGAGCAAGAGUCUCUUGACCCUGAUGAUUUGAGUCUGUUUCCAGCCCACACGUAGAACCUCCUUCUAAGCAACUGUUGUCUUGGCACCGGUCCAGAAGAGGACAUCAUCAGAAGGUGACAGACAAGGUCUUCAUAGACAGAUGGUCGUUAGAUCUAAUAAUGAGUAUCUGCAGAUUCCAGCCCAGAUAAAUGCAUACUACCCUAGUGGGCAAUGAUCAUUAUCACUCAAGGGCGCCUUUAUCGGCAGCAGGGGAAUCCAUCAGCGGAAAGCCUCGAUACCCCCAGUUGCCACAGCUCUUUGUGAUGCAGUUCACAAAGAAGCUUUCCCUCCCGAGUGAUGCUAAGGCAUGUGUGACUUCACAGAGAUUUGGGGGCUCAAAUGCUGUUCAGCUGCAUAAAACUCAAUACAGCGUCACAUCUCACUGCUGCAAGACUGCUAAUCUGUCCCUGGAAGAAAAGUUCAAGAACCAUUAUCUACAAACUUUGUGCACUCACAGCCUCAGGCUUGAUCCAAGGCAGAUCCUCCCGUCACUGCUGACACCUGGAACAACACUGCUAAAUAUCCCCUUUAUAUUUCAGAAGCGAGGAAGGCUUGAAGCAGCAGACUUCUUUUCCACUCCAGUAGACCCCAUCACCGCUGCAACUGAGGGCCAGGACCUGGGAGCAGGGAGAGAGUCUAUACUGGAUCCAGCAGCUGAGACCAGGGUGGAGAGGGAACCGCAGCGAGGGAACUGGCAAGCAGCUAGAGGUGAAAGCAGCAGCAGCAGCAGCCGCCGCAGGAGGACGGAGAUGGAUGAACAGUCCUCCACAGGAUCAAUCAGGCACUCGUAGCCACAGCAGAUCAUCUUUCUCCAGCUGCAUGCAAGUUAUCGUGCUGCUACACCAUCUUGUCCCUUCCCCCUUCUAAACCCCAGCAUCCCACACCUUAUAAGGCACCUUUUUUUUUGCUACAUAUAUGAGAAAACAGAAGGAAAACCAAGGGCGGAAACAUGAGAGUGGAAAGUGAGCUGGUGAGGAGGCUCCAGAGAGGUAGAGGAGGGUUGUGUGGGUGCAUGUAUUGAUUGUUUUCACUGUGGUAUAAUUGCAAUUAAAGGUUGCAAACAGGUCCAGUGGAUCAGUUUCUCUGCUGUCACCCAGCAGGACGCAUGGCAGCACUGAUGCAUCCACAUACACAUUUUUACACGCUGGAGCCAGCAGGGGAAAGUGCUAAUGCAGUUGGACGUUGCAGACUGAGUGGAUUUGUGCCAUGUUGUGCAGUAAUUCAGCCCUCAAAUUUCUUCCACAUUAGGACUAAAAAAGUUUGUUUGAGGGAAGUUACACCACAAACACACGCUGAUGUGAGGAGAUUUAGCUGCGUUAAGUAAGCGCUACACUUUAAACGUCAGAGGACAACUAAUCUCAUUACAUGAGAUCAUAUGCACAUCAACAUAUGCACAUCAAGGAAAGUGCAUUUCAAGCAAAAUCUGGCUCUCAUGUUUACAUCCAAAUAUAUUUGUUACCCUUUUGUUCAGGUCUUCUUUUCUGAAGUUGAAUUUGUU